UCUUGUCUCUUUUUUCUCUCUCUUGUUUCUCUUUCUUAAUUGUGUGCUUCUACUUUCUCUGAAAUUCGCGAAUUUCCCCCCAUUUUCUCAUUCCAACACUCUCGAGCUUUUCGAAUUCGAAUUCAGCGAUGAACGAUCUUUCCAUUGAAGUUAAUUUCGACUUCUGAGGCUCUUGUUUUACUUGUUUUGUUUUGGGUUUUAUAAUCGCGAGGAUUGAAAUGCUGGAAGCAGUGGAGAGCUCCGUCAAUGGUGGGUUUUCUCAGUUGCAGAGCUGUGGAGAUAGUAGUGAGGAAGAAUUAUCUGUUCUUCCUCGUCAUACUAAGGUUAUUGUGACUGGUAAUAAUCGGACCAAAUCGGUUCUCGUUGGUCUUCAAGGCGUUGUUAAAAAGGCUGUUGGUCUUGGCGGAUGGCAUUGGCUGGUUCUCACUAAUGGCAUAGAGGUAAAACUACAAAGGAAUGCACUAAGUGUGAUUGAAGCUCCUACUGGCAAUGAAGAAGAUGAUGAUCUUGAAUUUGACAAUGUCCCAUGGAAUUGUUCAGCAUCUGAUGAUACUCAAAAGUCCCAUAGAUCAAGGAAUCGGUUAAAUAAAUGGUCAGGAUCAUCCCAUAGGACAAUGAGCAGGUCUCUCUCCUACGAUUCUCACUCCAAGGGUUCAGUUUGUGCUCCUCGGGGGUCCAUGAAGAUUGACCUUAGUAGACUAGAGAAGGCUGCAUUAUGGAGAUAUUGGCGACACUUCAACCUGGUGAAUGGCAAUGUUCCUAAUCCAUCUAAGGAGCAGCUUGUUGAUGUUGUCCAGAGGCACUUCAUGUCACAGCAAUUGGAUGAGUUGCAAGUAAUAAUGGGUUUCUCUGAAGCUGCUAAGAGAUUGAAGAAAGUGUGCAAAUAAUAAUAUGAAGAACUGGUCUGGUUGGUUCAUUUUACCUAACUAACUGAUAUAAUAAUAAUAAUAAUGUGCUAAAUCAAUCAAAAUCUCAUCUUUUUUGUAAGAUAAACUGUGUUUUUGUAUCCUUUAGUAAUUAUUAUUAUUAUUAUUAGUCAUAGCAGACAACUUUGUCUUGGUAAUUUGCUAGUAAGUUAAACAAAAGGUAAUAGAGUGUGAGGAACUUUUAUUAGCUGUAACUAACUUAUAUUAUUAUUAUUAUUAUUAUUAUUAUUAUUAUGUAGAUAGAUAUAUGAAUGAUUAAUCUCAGAAUUUAGGAUUUUGAAGGGGAUUUUCACCUCUCCAAUUCCUUAUUUUAAUCAUUAUUAUUGCUCUCUCUA